AUGGGCCAAAUUCAGCCCCCGGGCCUGAGUCUGACACUCGUGAGUCGGUCAUGUGACGCUGUUGAGGAAAACAGUUUAAACAAACCACAGACCAACAGGAAACAGCAGAGAUACAAAUACUUGCUCGUACACGGUCCACGAAAAGACAGUUUUGACGCUUUCUCAGGGCAGCCGUUGGGUCUUAAAAGUCUAAAAAAGAGAGUGGCAGAUCGGCUCUACGGAGUUUACAAAGUGCACGGGAACUACGGACGAGUCUUCAGCGAGUGGAGCGCCAUCGAGAGAGAGAUGGGAGACGGACUUCAGAGCGCAGGACACCACAUGGACGCGUUUGCAGCUUCGAUUGACGACAUCCUGGAGGAGGAGGAGCACUACGCCGACCAACUCAAAGAAUAUCUGUCCUACGCCGAGGCCCUCAGAGCCGUGUGCAGGAAACAUGAGCUGACACAGUUUGAGCUGGAGGUGUCCACCCAGGACCUGAUCACCAAGAGGCAGCAGAGAGAGGAGCUGGCCACAGGGAUGGUUCGCACGUUCUCGCUCAAAGGCGUCACAAAUAAACUGUUCGGUGCCGAGGCUCCGGAGCAGAGAGAAUCUCGACUGAAACUUCUGGAGGAAAUGAUCUGUGAAGGACAAGACUCAGUCAAAGAGAAAACUCUGGAACGACAGGAGCACGUGGAGCGGGGGCUCGUGGACAUGCAGCGUUUUAAAGAGCAGAAGGACAAAGACCUGAAGGAGGCGCUGCUGAGUUACGCCCUGAUGCAGGUGUCCAUGUGCAAGAAGGGCAUCCAGGUGUGGAGCAACGCCAAAGAAUGUUUCCUCAAAAUGUAACUCCAGUCCCACUUUAACUCUGAAUUUAAAGCUGCACUGUGUAACUUUUCGGUUGUUGGUCCUUCACCUGGUUUUUUUUCCUAUGGUUACGUCACCGCUCUGCCUGGAAUGUUCCACAGUGUGACUUUAAACAGAUCUACUUUACAUUUAUUCAAUCACAGGUUUGUUUGUUUUGUUUUUAAUCUCAAAAAUCCCUCAAAAAACCGACAUUUCUGACUGUGAGCGGGGUCGCCUCUCCACAGAUCUGACCUGGAACUCGCUCUGGUUUGGUCUCCGUGGAGAUAGAAAGGUUUAUUUAAUGCCACACUGUGAAACAUUCCAGACCAAGCAGAAACAUCUCCCUGGAGAAAAGUGUUCCACCAGGAAAAGUUACACUGUGCAGCUUUAAGUUACUCUUACUCGAGUAGUACUUUUCCCAAAUACUUUUAACUCUUACUUGGAGCUCUACCUUGUACUUCUACUCGAGUAAAUAUUAUUUUGAAGCAACAGAGAUUAAACCAAACCCUCUUGUUGUUGUUGUUGUUUUAUUGUAAGUUUGUCUAAAUAAAUAAAAGUUUAAAUCAUGAAUAAAUUCUUAAAUCAGACUUG